CUACUUGCCCUUUCUUUUUGGGUGAGGAGAGAGAUAAGACCACAAAACCAAAAAAACAAAGGUCUCUCUUUCUCUCUCUAACAAUGAAACAAUUUUUUGCGUCUUGACACAUCUACGCCUUCUCUUCCCCUCCUCUCUCUGCAGGGAAGACGAAGAAGAAGACGACGUCGACGAAGAAGAAGGUGGUAAUUGUAGAGGGAGCGUGGAGACACGAAGGUUCUGUAGUGUCGUUGAGAAAGGUCAUUAAGCCAUGGACUCGACGCAGGCUGUAGCAAUCAAUGAAAAGGAGUCGAUGGUUGAUCCCUUCUUGGUCGAGGCUCUCCAGAACCCACGUCACCGUCUCACCAUAUUGCAGAUAAAGAGUAUUGAACUGUUGAUGUCUUCUCAUGGAUCAAAAUGACCUAGAGUUUUACGGAUGGAACUUGAUAUCCAGAGGUUUUUACAAAACCCCGAUCAACAACAAUUUGAAUUCCAACAUUUCCCUACUUCCUACCUUAGGCUUGCAGCACACCGUGUUGCUCAACACUAUGGUCUGAUAACGAUGGUACAGGAUAACAGCAUAGAUGGUCUGACAAAUAAAAUCCUCGUGAAGAAAACAACAGCAGAAAGCAGAUACCCUGCAGUGCGCUUAUCUGAAAUUCCUGCUAAACAGUUGGAAAGUGAUAAACCUGAACACCUUAAAAUUGCCAUUAGGCCUCGGCCUAAUAGAGGGUCCAUCAAUGAAUCUAAUGAAUUUGGGAUCAAACGGAGUCCUGUAAGAAGUGUAGAAGAGAGAAAGGAGGAGUAUGAUAGGGCACGAGCUCGCAUCUUCAGUAGCCCUAGCAGUCCCAACUCAGAUGAUACAGUAUCCCAGGGUUCUAUAGACAGAAAAAGCGCAAGUUCAAGCAAGGAUGAGCAUCAAGGUUUCAGGAACUCAGCGACUGAUCAAGAAAAAUUUAUUUACACCAGGGAUGGUGCACCAUCUCGGGUCGCCAUUUUGAGAGAUAGGGAGAAAGAUCGGACUGACCCAGAUUACGACCGAAGUUAUGAACGGUACAUAAGGAGCCUUCCAACCAAUCAAAGCUUUAACUUGACACCAUUCCAUAUGCAAAAGAUUCAACUCCCAUUUGUUCAGUAUGAUAGCGGUUUUCCUCAGUUAGGCCAGAUGCCAAGGACUCAAAGUGCACUCGGCUACAGGCCUGCUGCAAGCCCAGUUAUGAGCCCCUUCUGUGCUGUGGGAUCAAAUCAAACAUCAGGAGAUGCUGCAUAUGUGCAAUGGCCUAGCGCUUCGAUGAUGUAUGCACAUUCAUAUGAGCAAUUUAGACAUGCUGUUUUCCAGGUGCCGUUCUGUCAGCAACCUCUAAGUUUUGAUUACUCUCAAAACCAUUAAGUCUCAGCUAGAAGGGAAUUGUAUUACUCAUUUUUAUCUGCAGAUUUCUUUAUACUUCUAGGAAAUGUCUUGUUGGUAGGAUUUUUCCAGACACUUGUGUUGCAAACCAUUUGUUCCAGUUAUAGUUAUGGUUUCCGCUUGCUUUUCUUUCCUUUUCUUUGUUUGCUUUUUGGAUCUUUAAUAUUAGUAAGGAACUGUAAGGAUGCUACUCUUUUUUUGCUUACCAGCUACCCUUCAUUUUCAAGUAUUAUACAAAAACUAGCUUUUUUUC